AUGGUACGCCAAAUACUAGCUCGUUCCUCAAGGAGCCGGGUGACGCCCGCCCGUCAACCGAAGCGUCAGAGACAGGCAGACGAUCAUGCUCCAGAUAUCUAUCAAGAACUGUUGGAGGAGGCCGAAGAUAGAAAUCCUGGUCAAUAUGAUUCGGACAGACCAAUCAAAAGGCACAAGGCCGGAGAUAGGAAAGCUAUCCCUGUGGGAUUAGGGGCUUCGGAACAAACACACCAGGGCUCAGAAAAAAACCAACAUAGCACCCAACUAGUGCAAACUGCUUACGAUUCAUCGACAUCAGAAGAAUCAGACGUUGAUUGGGAAGACGUUGAAUUACAGCAACCGCCUCAGACUUUGUGGAAUGAAAAUUUUGUGCCUCAAGGCGACGACGAGGUGCUCCAGAUCACCCUAGAGCAGGAGCCCGAGAAGCACAAAAAAAUGAUCCAAAGAAGGAAGCCCUUAACUGGAGCCGAGAGAAAAACCAGAUUGGAUGUGCACAAAUCUCAUAUCCUUUGCCUUCUUGGUCACGUCCAGUUGCGCAACAUGUGGUGCAACGAUGAGGAAUUACAGGAAUUCCUAAGGAAGACACUGCCUAAGAAAGUAGUGGCGCUUCUGCAUCCAAAUGAGAAUAAACCACAUUACAACAGAUCUACCACGUUUAUGGACGGCCUCAACCAGGCUGCAGAUGCCUUCACACGCAGAUUUAAGGUUACUAAACCAGGAAUGAAACGGGCCCACUGGGCGGAAGAUGAAUAUCAAUUGAAGCAGAAAUUGGAGUCAAUCAUGUCGAAUGCUGAAGUGUUUCUAUCCAAAGGAGAUUUUCGAACCCAAGCGAAGACAAUGGAAGGCUCCCGAGACUUUGGGGCUCAGCUAUUCUGUGCCCUAUUGCGGUCUGUAGCCGUAGAGGCGAGACUUGUUUGCUCAUUGCAACCGUUGCCAUUUUCUGGCACUUUGAAAGACAUGACGCCGUCUAAACCAAAGCAUCCAUAUAUUGUGAUAUCCUCAGACGAUCAUGGCUCCUCAGCAGAUGAACGAAAUAAGGAUGAAAAACCACCUGCAGCUUCGAGGCCUCGACGGAUUGGACAGCCUAGAUUCACACCCUCGCGCCCCCCCCAACCAAAAUUCCAUUCAGAUCCGAUUGCAACAUCGCGAGACUCGCCAUUUCCGGUAUUUUGGGUGGAAGCUUUCAACGAAGCUGCGCAGAAAUGGGUUUCAAUUGACCCCAUCGUAACAAAAUCCCUUGCUAAACCUUCGAAGUUUGAACCACCUGCGAGUGAUUCAUUGAAUUUGAUGAAUUAUGUGGUUGGUUUCGAGGACGACGCUUCCGCAAGAGAUGUCACUCGUCGCUAUGUAAAAGCAUUUAAUGCAAAGACGCGGAAACUGCGCGUGGAAUCGACACGGAGCGGCGAGGAGUGGUGGAAUAAAGCGCUAAAGGCUUAUGAAAAGCCCUUCUUCGAGGAUCGGGAUGCGGCAGAGAUUAGUGAACUAACAUCCAAAUCAGCAGCUGAGCCCAUGCCACGCAAUAUCCAGGACUUCAAGGACCACCCUAUCUAUGCGCUCGAGCGACACGUUCGUCGCAAUGAAGUGAUCCAUCCCAAACGCAUCAUUGGGCACGUGGGGUUGGGAAAAAGCGUAUCGCGGAGUGAGACAUCAGAACCCGUUUAUCGUCGAGCUGACCUGCAUAUUGUGCGAAGCUCCGAUAAAUGGUAUCGCCUUGGGCGGGACGUUAGAGUUGGCGAGCAGCCUCUCAAGCGUGUUGCUGUAAGUCGAAAUAAAGCCGGGAGCUUGAGUGACGAUGAAGAUGAAAACGAGUCUCAAGAGACUACACUAUACGCCGAGUUCCAGACGGAAAUCUACGUUCCACCACCAGUAGUCCAGGGGAGAAUCCCGAAGAACGCAUAUGGGAACCUCGAUGUCUAUGUGCCUAGUAUGGUUCCGUCUGGCGGAGUUCACAUCAAGCGGCGGGAGGCAGUUCGAGCUGCUCGAAUUCUUGGCAUUGACUAUGCCGACGCAGUCACUGGAUUUGACUUUAGAGGCCGUCGAGGCACGGCUGUAUUCGGGGGAAUUGUUAUUGCCGUCGAAUACCAAGAAGCGCUUGAGGAAGUUUUGCGGGGUCUGGAAGAUGAGAGGCGGCAUGCUGCACUGGAGGCAAGAACUGCGGAGGCUCUGCGAUUCUGGCGGCUCUUUUUGGUGAAACUUAGGAUCGCAGAAAGAGUCAAGGAAUAUGCUAGCGAUAACGAAGAACAACAGCUCGAAGGUAUCGAAGACGAAAUGGAUGUUGAAGAUGCUGGUGGUGGUUUCUUUCCUGAACCAGACCAACCAGCCAAUAGCCCGUCUCUGAAAGUCCUGGGAAAGGGCAAAAUGGUACAUGACCAGAAUUUUCCCGAAGAAUACACGGAACCAGAGAUGGAACCGUCAUUGCACGAGGAGGAUUAUAUUCUUGGAGGCGGGUUUCUGCCCGAUGAUCAUGACCCAGCUCCGAACCCAGUGGAACCCCCCAAGCCUGCGCCUUUGGCCGUAAACCCGACAUCGAUUCCUGAGAUUAUUGCCAGGAAAAAAGCAUUGAAGACCCCUCGCUACUCACUGGUGGUUGUCCCAAACCACGGCUUAAACUCGACAUCCGUAUCCGGAGUCCUCGCAGGAUCAUCUGACAAUGUUCCUAUCGCAGUGGAUUCAUCCACAAAUGGUGGCUCCAAAUCCGCAAGUGUGGUCACUAUCUCCCGGCCACCGUCACCAGUGCCCAAUUAUGAUUCUGAUAGCGAGAUCGAGAAGGGUUCCUUGCUUUCUGAGGACCCUGAAGAUGAGGAUGCAAUUCCCGAAUGGCUGAUGUCUGAUGAGGACUAG